ACCAAGGGUAUUGACAUUCAGUACAAAUAUAGUAAAUUCACGUAUCUGCAGGACAAAGUGAAACUAAAUAUUUCUGAGUCAAGAUAAGAGGGCCUAAUGUCACUUGAACUGUACAGCUAAUGAGGCUUACGUGUUUGCUCAUGCUCCGAUUGUCUGGGAGCUGGCAGUCUUUUGUUGUGAAGGACAUCCUCUUAUGCACUGUAAACUGAUAACUGUUGUGUCACCAGGAUUUCCUGAAUGAUAGCCACUACCGCAUUACUGUUUUGUCUCGGCGAUUCUCAGCAUCACACUCUCUGGUUGUGGAGUAUUAUCUUGUGAUUAUAUUAUAGUGACUGUGAUUCUCAACUAUAUAUACUGUAUAUAGUACACAUAGUUUUUAGUGUACUAGCAUCAUUGGAGGAUUUUUUUCCCAAGGCUAUAAGGACAGAUGGUUCAGGAUCUAAAUUUAGCAUACCCGGUACAUGUGGAUUUUACUCAAGUGAUGUGAUUCAAUUAGUGAUUAUAAUACGACUUAUCUUGGAUAGACUAUUUUUAUAUUCUCUGUGCAUAUCCUAAGAUGAACUUACUGUAAGGGUAGAAACAACCAGAGCGAAUGAGAUGUAGUCAGAAAAUGUUCGCUACCAACCAUGAGCAGGACGCCAAGAAGCAAUAGUUACGAAGAUUACUGGAAAGAAUUCAAGGACAUCGCCAGCAGCACUGAUGGGGAAAACGAAGAGGAGGAGACCAGUAAAACCCCCGAUGAAGGAGAAGAGGAGGCAGAUUGGUUAAAAGAGGCAGGAUAUGAGUUUGUUGUCCACCAUAUUACAGGUGGAAGAGAAUUGACAGAUGAAGAGAUCCAAGGUUUUACAGCGACCUUGACCACUAGCCAGGCGGCCGUCGUCCGGCGCCGUGUGAACACACUGAGCAGCACCUUCAGGGCAAAACAGAAACACAAGACAGAUGUCAGAGACAUCUUCCCAGAACAGACAGACAACCAGUCCUCCAAAUCUACCUCUCACACCACUACAGAUGCUAAUGAUGACGUUAAUGUGUCUGCCGUCCCCAGGAGGAGCACGGAUAAAAGGCUUCCCUCCCUUCACAGACUCAAGGGAGAGUACUCCAUGUCAGGCAGGAGGAAUGAGGUGAUGAAGGAUAAUAAUGUUUCUGAUGAGGAGGACUUUUUUGACCUGGGUCCUAUUAUAGGAAUUGAGAUGCUAAGCAUGCAACCCAAAGGUACUUUUAAUAAGUACAUGGGACCAAGUUCUCCUGAGGGCCAUGGGAAACCACUUACUUCAAUGCCAAGCAUUUCUGAUGAAGACAUUGAGUUUGAGCUGAGAUUAGAGGAAACUGCCAAAACCAAAAACACCAUGCAGUCAGCAGGAUUAGAAAGUGAAGAUGAAUUGCCAAAUUUCAGGAUUAUACCAGACAAGUUAGGCUUAACCAGAGUGUGUGACCUGAGUUUAACCGAUAUGAACCAGAUCAAGUCCUUGGCUCUCAUUGAGUUGACUGCACUUCUAGAAAGGAACAGUAUCAUGUACCACAGACGGAAGGGCAAAAAGAAGGUCAAAGAUAAUGGUAUAUUUGGAGUUUCAUUACAAGCAUUGCUGGACCAUGAUCAGAAGUUACGACCAGAACAAACAGUCCCUAUGGUUUUUGAAGAUAUGAUUAAAUUCAUGGAACAGCAUUGUUUGGAACAAGAAGGAAUUCUAAGGAUCCCAGGGUCUGCAGCUAGAGUGAAGCAACUUCGACAAGACUUGGAGGACAAAUUUUACUCGGGCACCUUCUCCUGGGUUGACGUGCUUCCUCAUGAUGCGGCAGCGCUGAUGAAACAGUUUUUACGAGAACUUCCCAAUCCCCUCCUCACUCACGAGUACAUUGAUGCUUUUGCUCAAGUAGAAAAUAUCAAAGAGAAAAAGUUUCAAUUACAGGCAUUAAAUCUGUUAAUUCUCCUACUUCCCCCUGUAAAUAGGAAUACAUUGAAGGUGUUACUAGACCUGCUACUAAAAAUAACUCAAAGAAGACAAAAAAACCUAAUGGGGCUAUCCAAUGUAUCCAUGAUCAUGGCCCCUAAUUUAUUCUUGUCCCCGUCUAGUCGAUCCAAAACCAAAGCAAUCCGAGACCUAGAAAUCAGUAUGGCAGCUGGAACCUCCAACAUUGUUAUGAUGCUCAUCAAGUACCAGAAAAUCUUAUGGACAGUGCCUUCCUUUUUACUUCAUCAAAUGAGGCAUCAGAAUGAUAUGGAGACCCAAAAGAAAGCACGAGAAAAAUCUAUCAUGAAAUUCCUUACUAGGAAAGACAAGUCAGAUAUUUACAAGAAACCUGCAAUAGCAAAUGAAAGUGACUUUGAGGAUGGUGUUAUCAGGGUGCAGGCACCCAGUCUUAAUAAGAGCUGUACAGCAGUAAAGCUCAGUGAAGAAACAACAGCAUGUGACAUCAUUGAAAAGUUCCGCAUGGCUGACUUCACUCAUAAUGGAAGGCACAAGAAACGAAAAGAUAAUACAGCUCAAGGAACAACUAACUUUGCAGAAACAGAUGCUCAUUUAUUUGAAGUUGGAGGAAACAUUGGUGAACGUUGUUUGGAUCCACAGACCAAUAUGCUGGCAUUAUACCAGAUAAAUCCUAAUGCUGAAUGGAUCAUCCGUUCAGACCAGUAUACUAGUAAUAUACCAGCUAAAUCAUAAAACUGAAAGACUAGUAUGCUAGGAAUUUACCAGCUAAAUCCUAAUGCUGAAUGGGAUCGGAGGAUGGAAACAGUGUUGUGCUUUCAGAUAUUGCACAAAUCCAGGGCAUAUGGUGUAAAAUAAACACUUAUUUGUAUUAUUGUUGACAGAUAGUACACAUAUAAAUUAUUCGCAAUCUGAUGAUCAAAUCAAUCUACAAGUGGUCAUGUAGACCUUGUUCAGUAUAUACUAUGUAUGAAAUCCAAACUUUAUUGUUCUCAUUACGUUGUAUUGUAUAAUUUUAUAUUGGCUUUAUAUCUUUUUCUUCUAAGGUUGUGAUAUUUUUUGUCUCGGUUCCUCGGAAGUUAUAUUGUGGGUAUUCUACAUGUCUGUAUUUUUAGAAAGGAGAUAAUUUUUUCUUGUAUUUUUGCUUGAGGUGGAAGAAGGUAAAUAUUUGUGUAUGUCAGAGAAUGUAUGGAAAAUUUUGUUAAACUUAGUCUGUACAGAUUAAAUUGUGUACAGAUUAAAUUAUGCUACAUGCAUUGAUUCAUGAUUGCUCUAAAUAAUUUGAAAAAAUGUGAACUUGUAUAAAUGUGCAUGAUUUGAAAACCCUAAAAGUUACACACCUGCACAGAAGAUACAUGUAGUUAUAAAAUUGCAAAAAUGACUGUGAAUAAGGUACAAUUGUAACCAUAUGUCUACAUGCACUGUUGCUCAGUUAAUUCACAAUUAAUACCUCAAUACCAGGCAAAAUGGUUUUUCAAAAAUUGAAAAUUGCUGUGUUUUGUUAAUUACAUGACCCAUAAUUAUGAUUUACAUGUAUAUUUAGGAGAUCUUUCCAUGAUGCUAAUACACAUAUUUCACCAACAAUCAGUACUGUGCUGCUGCACUGAAUUAUUUCAUGUAUGAAGUUUGUUCACCAUAAAUAUGGUGUUAAUUAAUGUAAACUACCAGGUUUGGCUUCCCAUUUGCAAAGCCACAUAUGUCUACAAAAGUGUGUAUUUUUUCCUGUACAAUUCAGUGUAAUACAUAUCAUUAUUUAUUAUGAGACAUACAAACCAUGCAAGUGAUGAUUUUUUAAAGCAGGUGAUAUUAAGAUAUACAUUCCAUGACUGAGAUCCUUCUAGCACUUUUUUAUGUGAGUAUUGUUAAAUGAUUAAUGGUAAUUUUUACCACUGGUAAAAAGUGCAUUUUUCUUUCGUCAUAUUUAUAUUUAAAGGUGCAAAAAGUUUUGAUAAUAUUUUUAUUUUGGGCGUGAUGCACAAUAUAGUAUGUCAUUUUGUGAGUGUCUAACAGUACUGUAAUAUCUUGGAGAAUUAAGCUGUACAUCAUUUACACCCUUAUUAACACUUACCUGUAACUGAAAAUGUAUUUCUUCCCUAUUUGUGUUGAAUUUUUCCUAUACAUGUAUAUGAAACCUUUUCCCUUACCAGUACAUGUACUUGAAAUACCCUAGAAACAGACAUCAGCUUCUCUAAGCAAAUGUUGAAACUAUACUAUACAUCUAUUAGCAUACCAGCUCUAGAGGUUAAGAUCCAUGCAACAACAAGACUAAAAAAUAUAUUGAAUUUGCCCAUCUGGUUAUCUUUUCUCAAGUUACCAAUUAUUUUGUUAAAAGUUUGGUCAAGAGUGCUAUUUUUAAAAAAAAAGUCUAGUCACCAUUUGAGUGCUUUAAAUGUCAAUCUUUGCCAUUAAGCUAUGCCAUAAAUGUGCCAACACACUGAUGUAAUUGGGAUUGGUUACUAUAGCUCUUGUAGGUAUCCGUUAUAUGCUCAGCGGAAGUUAAAGACAACACAUUCAAGAGAUGGUCAUUAAGUUUUAUUUAUUUUAUGGAAAAUUUUGUCCCUGUAUUAAGAGAAUUGGUUUUACUUUCUUUUUCUCUGCAAAUAAUAUGAAAGUUUAAAGAAUUGCUUUUGAAAUAAAGGAAAUCCUUUUUUCAGCAGUUAAGUGCUAAUCAAGGAUAAAUGUACACUUAAAUGGAAGGAACCUUCUCUAAGUAAAACCCAUUUUAUGUAGCUAUUUUCUUUUUCAUUUUACAGUGAAUACAUACAGUAUGUGCUUUAAAAAAAUCAGAUUUUAUCACUAGUAACGGCAACUUAAUGAAUUCUUAAUAAAAUAAAAUAAAUUAUGGAUGGGAUAAAGUAUUUUUAUUGUCAGCAUAUCACUAGUUUGACUUUAUUUAGAAUUUAUUGAAUAUGAAGACUUGGGUAGACUAUGCCUUCUGUUAAGCUUUUAUUAAUACAUAUACUAAAGGAAAUAUGUAGUUCAUUAGUAUAGUGUAAUUAACACUGUUGAUUAAGAUUUUGCAUAUACAGCCCUUCAAUUUGACAAUCAUGUUUACACUCAUCAAAGAAUUCAGUGUUUAUAGGCAAAUGACAUUUUUAUAGAUGUGAUGAAUACACGUACAAGCUAGUAUUUAUUAUUUAAUUUUUGGAUUGGCAUAUUUUUUCUAGUUAUUGGAAAGUGGUUUGUUUCAGUACGUGAUCUGAUGAAAUCCAUAUUCUACUUUUUUGUAUAUUUCUUUUGUUUCAUUGGGAUGCUCAAUUGUCACUUAAUAUUGAUAAAUUUUAUGUACAGCAAGGUACUCCGAUCUUCAGGUUCUGAAAAUCAGGCAUUGACUUAUUGAAAAUGCUCACAAAGUGUCUCUGUAUUCUCAAAGAAAUAUGUUUUUACCCACGAAAAUUCUUCAAGCUUAAUCUUUAAAGUUAAUCAUAUUUUAUAGGGAAAUUUAGUAAAUCUCAAAUAGGUUUUUAGGAAAUGCAAAUAACACACCUACUAUGCAUUUUUUCCAAUUCAAAUUUGACCAACAAGCACAUUUUAGAAUUAAAAGUCUUAGGUAUUUGGGCUUUUAAAGAAAUUGCAUGAUUUUAAAACAUAUAAGGUACGUACUUUAUUGUUUCUUCUAUUAACUUCGAUCAUUUUACAAUAUAUUUGUAUGAAAACUUUCCUAUCAUUGCAUAACACCACAAAUCAUUUCUUAUUUCAUACCAUGUUUAUUAAGAUUAAUAUUUCUUUCAGUAAUUUUAAAACACAAUAAAACCAUUGACUUCUUAUAAGAACUUUCUGAGAACUUGAAAAAAAAACCUUGAAGCACAUUGAGAUGAAUAAAAUGAAAAUUGUUGCAUGAAAAGAUUCAAUGUUCAAUGUUCAUUUUGGGACUUUUUGAAUUAAAUUAUAAAUUUAAGAGUUAUCCCUCCUGGCUGAGGAUCGGAGUGCCUUAAUUUAAUGUAAAUAAUGUAACACAUACUAGUAGGUUAUUUAUCAAUGUACAAUGUAAAAGGAAUUGAGAAAGUGAUAUUUUUUAGGGGUAUAUCUUUCUUACUAUUUUAGUUCUUUGUAGACAUUUUAAAAUGUCUAGCACCAUUACACGGUACUUUUAACUGAUGAAAAAUGGAUUUAUUUUAUUUCAACAAAUAAUAUUUUCAAGAUUUUUAUAAAGGGAGGUGGUUUGAUGGGGAUGGGGGGAUGUUACCCCUAUCUUAUGACAACCUAGAAAUGUUACUUGCAGAUUGUUUAAAGCUUUAAUAUUGCCAAGCAGUUGUUAAAAAUACAUCUUUACUUAUGAUUACUGGAUGGUAAAUUGGUAGUUAAUUCAUUAUGGUAUUUUGUUUAUGAGUUAGUAUACUAGUACUAAUGCAAAUAAAAAGAUGGUGGAACGAAAAUGGACGUACUUUUAUAUAUACUUACACUUCAGUGAUAACGAUUACAAUAUACUGUAGAUAAUGUAACAAAUGUGGUUAUCAUGUGAUGUUUGCAGGUACAUAACACUAAUUCACUUUAUAAUCUAAACACAUUGUAUUGUUAAAAGUUUGUUAUGUCAUAUAAACUAUUAAUAUUACAUGUUUAUUUUCCUGAAUAUUGUUAUUAAAUGUUCUAUAAAAAUUAU